CCCCUCCCCCAGACAAACCACCUUUCCGGUCGUGCUGGGUUUUUGUUGUCACUUUUUUCCCCCCCCCAUCUUUGUUUCAUCUUCCACCCAUAAUAUAUCUCACAUCACAUUAUGGCUCCCAUCUCCAUCGCCGACAUCGUCGCCGCCCUGCCGGCCGACGACACCUGGGGCCCCGCCGUGGCGGGCGACAACAUGCUGGACGGCGUGCCGUAUGCUCCUUUCUCCAAGGGGGACAAGCUGGGUCGUAUGGCCGACUGGACCGCCGAGUCGAAGGACCCCAACCGGGCUGGUCGUCAGGCGUAUAACCGGAACUUCAGAGACCAGCAAGUCUACGGCGCCGGCACCUCCAACCUUUUCUCCGUGCAAGUGGCGGAAGACGAAUCCUCAUUCUCAGUGGUGGACAACACGCGCAGCUCGACGAAGCGCACCUUCGGCCGGGGCGGCGGCACGGUCUUCCGGGGCCGGGCGCAGCGCGGAGGCGCCCAGCGCGGCGGCCGCGCGGGUUUCCAGCGGGUCGGCGGCGGCGGUGCGGGCGGUGCUGGUGGUGCUGGCGGUCGCGCCGGCGGAGACCGGUACUACGACAACCGGUCGGGCGGCCGCGGCAACCGGGGCCGUCGGUUCGGAUGGAAGGACUACGACAAGCCGCAGCGGACGCGCGAGGCGAGCGUGGCGGUGCGGCCGGAUUGGACGAUGUUGGAGGAGGUGGACUUCAGCCGACUGUCGAAGCUGAACAUGGAGGCGCCCGAGGGCGAGGAGGUCGACUCCUACGGCUUCCUGUACUACUACGACCGCGCCUACGACAAGGCCCCCGUCAAGAACGCGGAGCGCCGGCUCCAGCCCCUCGACCGCGCCGCCUACAACGUCACCACCUCCCAGGACCCGGUCAUCCAGGAGCUGGCCGACAAGAACGAGGCCACCGUCUUCGCCUCCGCCGACAUCCUCUCCACCCUCAUGUGCGCCCCGCGCAGUGUCUACUCGUGGGAUAUCGUCAUUGUGCACCAGGGCGGCAAGAUCUACUUUGAUAAGCGCGAGGGCGCCUCCCUGGAUCUGGUGACCGUCAACGAGAACGCCGCGGACGCCCCGCUCGAGCUGGCGGACUCGGCGGGCGCCUCGGCGGCCGCUGCCGCCGCGAACAAGCAGGAGGGGGCCGCCAUCAACACCCCGAGCGCGCUCGCCCUCGAGGCCACCUUCAUCAACCACAACUUCGCCCUGCAGACGGUGGUCGAGUCGGAGGAGGCCAAGGUCGAGCUGGCCCACCCGAACCCCUUCUACAACGCCGCCGAGGAGACCGAGCCGCUGGCCUCCAAGGGGUACAAGUACCGGCGCUUCGACCUGUCGCUGGAGCGCGACGGGGAGGACAGCGCCCCCGUGCACAUGAUCGUGCGCACGGAGAUCGACGCGAUCAUGAAGAACCCGACGGGCGGCGAGGACCAGCAGCUGGUGGUCAAGGCGCUGAACGAGUUCGACAGCAAGGCGCAGGGCUCCGGCGGCGCGCUCGACUGGCGCUCCAAGCUGUGGUCGCAGCGUGGUGCCGUCGUCGCCACCGAGAUGAAGAACAACUCCUCCAAGCUGGCCCGCUGGACCACCCAGGCCAUCCUCGCCAAGGCCGACGCCAUGAAGCUGGGCUUCGUCUCCCGCGCCAACCCCCGCUCCGCCGCCGCCCACGUCGUCUUGGGGGUCGUCGGCUACAAGCCCCGUGACCUCGCCACCCAGAUGAACCUCAACCUGGGUAACGGCUGGGGUAUCGUCCGCACCAUCGUCGACCGCAUCCGCGCCCUCGACGCCGACGAGGAUGAGGAGAAGGUCAAGAAGUACGUCCUCAUCAAGGACCCCAACCGUCCCGUCCUGCGUCUCUACAGCGUGCCCCCGACUACCUUUGAGGAGGAAGAGGAGGAGGAGGUCGCGGCUGAGGCGGACGAGGCCGCCGAGGAGGAUGAGGAGUAAACGCUUCUCUCCUCCAGAGAUUCGAGUUGAUGAUUUUGUCCCUGAAUGUUUUGUCCUGUUAAAAGUUCCUAUUAGUUUUACGAACGACCCAUCAUGCUUUCACAAAGUCUGAUUCACCGCUUUUCACACUCAUUCCGUAAGUUGGUCUGCUACGUCCAAGCCAAGUAGAGAGACACGAGGUUGUAUGUAUGUUAGUUAUCCAGCUUCCCAACUAGAACCCCCAAG